AUGACUCUGUCCCACACGAUGUUCACCCGUCCCGGCUACCCAUUAGUCCGUUUGUUUUGGGAGCUCAUCCAUGGAGACACCAUUCCUGAUGAGGAUAUUGCCGACGGAAAGUGGGACGCUGACAUGAAGAAUGCCCGUGUCACGGAGAAAAAUGUGGCCUUGAUGUCCCAGUUCGGAGCCGAUUCUUUCUACGAAUUCGUCAAUGAGAAUAAUGAGACGCUAUCGAUCAUUGACCACUACAGAGGCAAAUACGGCUACAACAUCCGCUACCCGCAUCUCCCGUGUCUUCGAAAGAAACCACCAAGUAGGGAUCGAAACAGAAUGUUUUUGUUUCCAUUGGAAGUGUGCAGUUUGCUUAUUGAUUCUGUCAGAUUCACUGGCUACGUCAGCCAACAGCUCAAAGAACAGAUGAUCCAAUACACUACCCUUACUGCCGAGCAGCGUAAGCUUGUCCUUCAAAACAUCAUCGGCCAGAAUCCGAUAGGUGAUUGUCCUCCGAUCGUUGACAAUACAGAUCGGUAUAUGAGAAGUCACGGGAUCGAGAUGGAGAAAAAAAUGUUGUCCGUAAAGGCGAGUCUCCUACCACCUCCUCGAGUCGUCUACGGAAACUCGGACUUCUUGGAUUCCGAUCAUCUCGGAGAAUGGAAAGCUGUCACCCAUGAGCCAAACAGUUCUCGAGGAAGCGAUCUACAAGAGGAACCGAGAUGCCAAGGCUCCAAAACUCAAGAAGCGGCUCCUGGGAUCGAUCUGAGAGUUGGAUCUCUAAUGAACGAUACGGUGGCUUUCGAAAUCGACGAUACAUGUUAUCAUAAUCUCAUGAGAGCCACCGAGGAGGCAGGACAGCCCGUAUGCUGGGCCAAUCGUGAGAUGGGUCCAGCCGUGAUCCAUUCCAGCACCGAGUAUCUGCAAGGGCGGGAUUUGCCAGGUGUCACAAUGGACUGGAUGACCAGCUUGAGUCAGGAUACGGAUUCGUACAAAGAGGCUGAGGACGAGGUUAUUGUGCCCAUCGUCUUCAUGAUUUUCCAAAUCAGGUUCACCACAUUGAAUUGCGAGCGUCCGGACUUCCAGAAUGACUACAACCUAUUCAAAUGGAUGUCCGAUAAUGAGGUUGGAGUUUUCACCCAAGGAAUUUUGUAUAAGACGUUCAACUCGAUCGGACUUUCACCAGCCCCCUUUAUAGGGGGAAAUUCGCACAGGAAACCCUUGCUUUAG